CGCGGAUUGGCUGAGGCACGUCAUCUACUAUGGCUCGGCUCCAAUCCCGAGGCUGGGUGGGGCGAGGCCCGGUCCCUGUAGCGGGCGAAAGGACCACGGGCUUGGGGGCCACUGCUCGGGUCGCCCGGUCCCCGCGCCUCCGCUGCCCAGUGUUGUUUCCCAUAAGGAAGCUCUUCUUCCUGCUUGGCUUUCACCUUUAACCCUUCCACCUGGGCACGUCCUCUAACACAUUCAAACUACAAGUCCAGACCCAAGAAAGCAAGGCCCAGACAGAGGUCAAGAUGGGGUUUAUAUUUUCAAAAUCUAUGAAUGAAAACAUGAAAAACCAAAAGGAGUUCAUGCUUAUGAAUGCUCGACUUCAGCUGGAAAGGCAACUCAUCAUGCAGAGUGAAAUGAGGGAAAGACAAAUGGCCAUGCAGAUAGCAUGGUCUCGGGAAUUCUUCAAAUAUUUUGGAACUUUUUUUGGCCUUGCAGCUAUCUCUUUAACAGCUGGAGCAAUUAAAAAAAAGAAGCCAGCCUUUCUGGUCCCUAUUGUUCCAUUAAGCUUUAUCCUCACCUACCAGUAUGACUUGGGCUAUGGAACCCUUCUAGAAAGAAUGAAAAGUGAAGCUGAGGACAUACUGGAAACAGAAAAGAGUAAAUUGCAGCUGCCAAGAGGAACGAUCACUUUCGAAAGCAUUGAAAAAGCCAGAAAGGAACAGAGUAAAUUCUUCAUAGACAAAUGAAAUUAUGUUUACCAAUCAAAUUUCAAAGCACAGAAUAAUUAACUUGAAUCAUGGUUUUUACGGUUUUUUAAAUGCUCAAGAUUUUGAUAUUAUAGAUUUUAUUUUAAAAUAUUAAAAUGCAAGAUGAGUUUUGAGCUAUUUUAAAAUAAAAUUUGUAACAUUCAACACAAAAUCAUAGAGGUGCUCUAACUUUCAGAUUUCCUCUCUCUGUAGGUGCAUUACAGAUAUCUAAGUGUAAAAUUAAUAAAUUCUUUUGAAUUCCUGGAAGCAAA